AUGGCUUCUUGUGGCAGUCUACCACCCCUCACGCGGAGAAUCGACACCUCAGAGUUUGCGACCUGGCAGGCAUAUAAGAGCAUCGAGAUCUCGAGCUCGGAAGCAUAUUCUCACACACCAAGCUCGAGCAGUGCAAUUCUCGUUUCAACCACUACCGUUAUCACAAUUACCACGGCCAUGUCUCUCCACCCGCUCAUCGACAAUGGAAUCGUCAAAGGACGCCAGAACUUUGGCGGCGGAACGCUGUACUGUCGCUGCUCUUCGAACCGAGUCGCAGUCUCCCUGAAGAGCAAUGUCGCCCACAACCAUGCCUGCGGCUGCUCCAAGUGCUGGAAACCGUCUGGAGCGCUCUUCUCCAUUGUUGGCGUGAUACCACGCGAAAACCUCUCGGUCACCGCCAACGAAUCCAAGCUCACGAUUGUCGACGAAUCGGCUGCGAUCCAGCGCCACGCCUGUAAGGACUGCGGUGUGCACCUGUACGGCCGGAUCGAAAAGGACCAUCCCUUCAAAGGGCUGGACUUUGUGCAUGUGGAGCUCUCCAACGAGGAAGGAUGGCAAGAGCCGCAGUUUGCCGGCUUCGUGUCAUCUAUCAUUGAGCAGGGCUUCAACCCCAAGGGUAUGGAUGAUGUCCGGGCACGGUUCAAAGGACUUGGGUUGGAGACGUACGACGUUUUGUCACCAGCGCUGAUGGACCUGAUCGCAACCUUUAGCGCACAGAAGGCGGGAUUCAAUUUUGGGGCAUAA